GCUCCACUUAGGAGAGAGAGAGAGAGAGGGAAGGAGAGAGUGUGUGUGAGAGGGAAGGAGAAAAAGCGAAGUGAGGAGAACAGCUUCUCACAGAGAGGGGAGCAGCUCCACUUAGGAGAGAGAGAGAGAGAGAGAGUAGCAGCAGCUCCACUCAGAGCCCCACAGGCUGCAGCAUCAGCAGCAGCACCAUGAAUCUCAGCAAAGGCCAGUGAGAAACGAGCAACUCCGAUAAGCCGGAGAAAGUGGAUGCAGAAAGACUGAACAUCGCUGACUUUUGUUUUCGUACAGUUUUUAUUUUAAAGCCUCCACAGGAACAAAAGUGGACAAAGGUUGACCGCGGUUUAUUUCCAGGAUCCUGUUCCGGAGUGAGCCAUGGAUUACUGGGCUGGACUCGCCUGUUUUCAGCGGGUCUUGCUGAUUUUAACAGCAAUCAGGACCAGUCACACACUGUUGGAUAGAACAGCAGAGGAGAGUUUUCCAGUGCAGUUAUAUUCUCAUUCCUCAAGUUCUGCAAAAGUAGAAAGCAGAGUUACCUACUGCAAUUUUGAAUCUCCGUGCUCCUGGACUGUGUCCAAUCACAGCGCCGGGGGAGACUGGUAUGUCACGUCGCCACAGCAACACAGGCCUGGUACACAAGGUGCCCAGCCAGACACGGAUCACUCUGUUGGAGACUCUAAAGGUCAUUUCCUGGUUUUGAAGCCCGACUCGGGCCUCAGGGCUUCUGGGAUUUGCACUUUUCACAUCAUCAGUCCUGUAGUGCUGAGUAGUGGGCCGCUGUGUCAGGUCCGUCUGGCGUGCUUCCAGCCAGAGACGAGUAAGGGAAACUUGUCUGUGUCUGUAAAACUCACUGAGUCCGGAGUUGUCCGAUCAUCAGCCUUCAUCGGCAAAGAACAGGAUGGAGCCAGGGUAUCGUGGGAGGUGCUGGAAGCGCCGAUUGGUAAACUGGACGAGCCUUUCCAGGUGAUGGUGCAGUACACUUCAUGUAGUGGUCACGAUGUCGGAUUUCUGGCCAUUGAUUCACUGGAGCUGAAGGACUGUGACCUGGAGAGCGGUGAUUUAGUGUUGGGUCCAGACUGUGAGGAGGACUCAGGCUUUCACUGUGAUUUGGGGGGCUGUGUGGACAAAAGCAGAGUGUGUGAUUUUCACUCUGACUGCCCUCUGGGGGAGGAUGAGGGCUUCAUCUGUGGUAGAUUGCCAUUAGGUUCAUACUGUUCAUUUGAGUCAGGGUCCUGUGGGUGGUCAGCUUCUGAUAGACAGUCUUCCUGGAGCCUGGCCAAUGGUGAACAACUGUCCGAAAGCACUGACCUUUUAGGAACAACACUUCAAAACACUCAAGGUCACUUCCUGUUCCUAAAGGUCAGAGGCAACGCUAACGGUAACGAAGCAUCCAUUCAAAGCCCGGCUCUUCCCUUAACUGUAUCUAGCCGAGAGUGCCAGUUGCACUUCUUGCUGUAUCUGUAUGGGGAUUUUAAUGGCACAGUGCUGCUGUCAGUGGUGGAAAAUGAUACUGCAGAGACUCCUUUAAUGUGGGAAAGGGCUGGACAGUGGAAGGACGACUGGCAGGACAUCACUCUGCAAAUCACUGACCUCCUAAAAGGGUUCCAUAUAAAAGUGCAGGCUCUAUGGGCUGCCGGCUCGAAGGCCGACGUUGCACUCGAUGACAUUUCAUUAAGUGCAGCAUGUUUUGACACAGAUCUGAAUGCACUGCUUUUUGGACAUCAAGAUUUGGACUCUAUCAGCAAGCUGGACUUCCUGAGCCCCCUUCCUGAGCCCUCUGUAACAGAGACCUGGUGGUUCACUUCGUGUGGGGCAAGUGGACCUCGUGGCCCCACUCAGGCCCAAUGUGACAGCGCCUACCGAAACACUAAUGUUAGCGUGAUGGUGGGGAAAGAAGGCCCUCUCCGGGGUGUCCAAAUGUGGAGGGUCCCUGCAACCAACCGAUACAAGAUCACAGCCUAUGGAGCUGCUGGAGGCAAAGGAGCAAAGAACCACAACAAGCGCUCACAUGGGGUCAUCAUUUCGGCCAUCUUCCCACUGGAGAAAGGGGACAUCCUCUACCUCCUGAUCGGUCACCAGGGUGAAGAUGCUUGCCCAGGAAGGAACGCUCUGACCCACAAGAUCUGCCUGGGUGAGUCGACUGUCAUUGAAGACGGCUUUGACAGAGACAGUUCUGCUAUGGAAUGGGCUGGGGGUGGCGGUGGCGGUGGAGGAGCUACGUUCAUUUUUCGGUUGGAGGAUGGGGAGCCAGUGCCUCUGCUGAUAGCAGCUGGUGGGGGUGGGAAAGCAUACCUGGAGGACCCCGAGAGCAGUUUGGACCAGAUACCUCUGGAGCAGUAUGAGAAUGACACUGUGGCAGCUGGAGUCAACGGCCGUACCGGAGCAGCAGGAGGGGGAGGUGGUUGGAGGGACACUACUACACACCUCUGGGCAGGAAAAUCUCUGUUUGAAGGGCCAGAAGGGGGCUCUUCUUGCCCUCAGGCCCUGUCUAAACUUGGCUGGGCUACUUUUGGAGGAUUUGGGGGAGGAGGAGGCGCGUGUACUGCUGGAGGCGGUGGAGGAGGAUACCGAGGUGGUGAUGUGUCCCAAACUGAUGACAUCACAGCAGACGGGCAGGAUGGCAUUUCUUUUGUCCACCCUUCAGGAGAGAUAUUUCUGCAGCCGUUGGCAGCCAUGGAAAGUCAUGGGGAAGCUGAAAUUGAAGUGCACCUGAACUGCAGCCACUGUCAGACUCAGAGCUGUAAACGAGAUGAAGACAGCAGACUGAUUCUCUGCCUGUGUCACAAUGAGGAAGUGCUCGCGCCAGACAACAUCACAUGCAUAGUGGAAACACAGGGUUCUGUGGCUGAGGGACACCCGUCCCUGUCUCUCAUCCUGGCCGUGGUAGCAUCUGCUGUGGUGAUGGGCAUCGUGCUGACCUGUGCCAGCCUCACACUCAUGUACUACCGGAAAAAGAACCACCUGCAUGCAGUGCGAGUGCGUCUGCAGAGCCCUGAAUACAAGUUGAGCAAGAUUCGCUCCUCCACCAUCAUGACAGACUACAACCCAAACUACUGCUUCGCUGGCAAGGUGGCUUCCUUGAGUGAACUGAAGGAGGUUCCACGCAAGAACAUCACUCUGCUCAGGGCUUUGGGGCAUGGUGCUUUUGGAGAAGUGUAUGAAGGCCAGGUUCUGGGAAUGAAUGGAGAAAACACUGCCAUGCAGGUCGCCAUAAAGACUCUCCCGGAAAUCUGUUCUGAACAAGACGAGAUGGAUUUCCUCAUGGAGGCACUGAUUAUGAGUAAAUUUAAUCAUCAGAACAUAGUGCGCUGUAUUGGAGUCAGUCUGCAGAUCCUGCCCCGGUUUAUUCUUCUGGAGCUCAUGACUGGAGGAGACUUGAAGAGCUUUUUGAGACACAACCGUCCCAAAAUUAGCCAAGCCUCAUCCCUAACUAUGCUGGAGCUGCUGCACAUGGCCAGAGACAUUGCCUUUGGCUGUCAGUAUCUAGAAGAAAACCACUUCAUUCACAGAGACAUCGCUGCACGGAACUGCCUGCUGACUUGUCCCGGUCCAGAGAGAGUGGCCAAAAUUGGAGAUUUCGGAAUGGCUCGAGACAUAUACAGGGCCAGUUACUACAGAAAAGGUGGUCGUGCGAUGCUGCCAGUCAAAUGGAUGCCUCCCGAAGCCUUCCUGGAGGGCAUCUUCACCUGCAAGACUGAUACUUGGUCAUUUGGGGUACUGCUAUGGGAAAUUUUCUCCCUGGGCUAUAUGCCUUACCCCUGUAAGACUAACCAGGAGGUGCUGGAGUUUGUGACAAGUGGAGGACGCAUGGAUCCUCCAAAGAGUUGCCCGGGCCCUGUGUAUCGGAUCAUGACGCAGUGUUGGCAACACUGCCCAGAACAUCGACCAAAUUUCUCCACUAUUUUAGAGAGGAUCAAUUACUGCACUCAGGACCCUGAUGUCAUCAACACACCUCUCCCAGUGGAGUAUGGGCCAGCUGUGGAGGAAGAGGGCAGCACUGUGAUUCGUCCAGAAGGCUCUGGCAGUAUGACCCCUCUUCUGGUAACCCAUUCUAUGUCACAAGAUGCGUCUCUGCAGCCCUGCAUCUCUGCCCCACUCCCUCAGGUCCACAAACCCUGCUUGCUGCUACAACGACCCGCUCAAAUGACUCAGGAGGUAGCCACCUACUGUGAAGCUUUAGAGCCAUGUUUGGCUGAACCAGUUCCAGCACCAGGAACCUGCUCUGGCUCCUGGCUACAGGUUCCAGAGCACCGGCCAUGCUCAAGAUCCAGCUCCUCCUCAGGCAGCCAGAAACUGAAGAACAAAACCAAGAACCUGUGGAACCCAACCUAUGGUUCCUGGGUUCUGGAGAGCUUUGGACGGGGAAAGACAGCCCUGUCCCACACCCAGUCCAUGCCUCUGUCCUGUACCUCCACUGGCUUGUCUGUGUCUACCUCUACCUCAGAGCACAACGACUCUGGAACAGAAGCUAAUACUUCCCCAUGCUCAAACACACCUCCUGCACCCUCUCAGAACACCUCCAGUCCUUCAGGACCUUCGAGUCUUGCUUUGCGGAAAGGGCCAGCCGGGGCUGCAGGGGGCCCCCUCACUGCAGUCAUGGACCUGGCCAAGCUCCAGAGCUUCCCUUGUGGUAAUGUAAAUUAUGCCUAUGACGAGCAGAGCUAUGAGGCAGAGAGUUUGCCCUUAGUAGUUGCCAGGUCUCCAGAACCUAGCACUAGCUCUGCAGCUAGUUCCUCACUAGCUGCACUAGGCCUGGCUUCCUCCUCCGUUAAUCACAAACCACCAGUCAAGCGUCAUGCCAGCUAUGGACAUGAAGAUGUCAGGAGGCAUACAAAGCCAGAGAAACCCACGCGUGACAGAGACUCAGGCUUCUCGCUAUCUGAAGACCUUAGCGUUACCCCUGUGUAGCAUUUCCAAAGUCUUGCACUUAACUAAAGCACCGCAGUAUCCUGAAAACCCCCAACACCUCAUUUUGUUCGGGUUGCCCAACGAAUCAGCAGACGUUUUUUGUGUAAUCAUUUUGUAUAUGGUACAAUGCAAUUUUCCAUGACUGAGACUUAUUGCCCAGUAUUUGCUGGAAGCAAAAGCUACUUACUGGUGAAGAAAAGACAAAUGGCAUUGCUCUUGUAGAGACGAAGGACAUUAUGAAAGAGGCCGUGCCCUAUUUUCUAGGUCCUACUGGCUCAUGGUUUCUAUGGGAACAUGCACAAAGCUAUAAGGAAGCCCUUGGCUCCUACACCCAUUUACACUGGAUUCUCAUCUGCAGUCAACACUGUGAAAAGACGUCUGUUCACUUUAAGGUACCACACACAAUUCUGCCAUCUUUUGAUGUACCAGCAUUAGAUAUAGAGCAAACAGACAAAGAUCUCUUUGAGAAGACCUUCUGAAGAGCUGUUAAGUAGUCCUUGUAAAGAGGAAUCAAGAGAAAUACAGCCAGUUUCAAGCUGGCUUUGAAAUUCUCAAGAGCGGUUUUGUAAAUGCCCAAAACCUUAUUAUUGAAAGUCUAUGAACGUGUUGGAGUACGUAUAGCAGUUUUGCAGUUGAAUGUACCUCUCCUGAAAAGCAGUGAAAUUACUGGAAAAAAGGUAAAAAUGGCAAAAAAAAAUCUGAAAGGGGAACUUCACUGAUUUAGCAAAAUGACAAUCAUUCAGUGCUUUAGUUCAAUGUAAAAUGUGCCUUUCUAGAGAAAUUUACCAAAUCAGAAUUGUUCGCCAUUGUGGUACUAGGAACCAAACGUCUGACACUAAUUGGCACUAAGAGCUACAUCCCAUUAAGUUAUUACACAAAAUGUUUAUAAAUACGUUGCUUGAUCCCUGAGGCAUUGUGUUGUGAUAGAUUUGUUAUAAAACUGAUCUAAAAUGUAUUUUUAAUAUAAACUAUUACUCCAGGAUCAUUUCCGUGUUUCCUCUCAAAACCACAUUCUCGACUGAGAUCAGUGCUCACAAGCUAACAUGCGUUUGUAGUUACUAGCCUGUAGCUACAGUUGUUCAACACAACUGACGCCAGUGUUGUAUCCGAUUCAGUUCCCUGUCAAAUUCACGUCCCUUUGACAAAACAGAACCUCGGGCGUGGAUUCACUGAACAGAUAACAACACUAAGCAACACUGGAACUACAGUGAGCGAAAAGGCAGCUGUAUUAACCCAGUCAGCCACGAACAGUUAAAAAGUAUUUAUCAGUACAAUUUUUUGCUGUUUACUCAAUUUGAAAAUAGUGUUUAUUGCAGAAUUUCAAUUAUGCCGUGCUAUCUUGAGUAAAUACAUAUAUUGGGGAUUGGAUGAAAACACACAACUGUUUUUUGAACCUUUUCGCUUUCCGUUGUUCUAGUGUUGCUUGGCUUUGUUUUCUGUCCCAUGAAUGCGCGCGUCCAAAGACCUGAUUUAUCAAAGGGAACAUGAAUUUGAAGGGGAAUUGAAUUGGACAUGACACCGGCAGCAGCCUUUGUUUACAGUUUAUUUUUAGUUUUCUUACUUAUUUUUAGAAGAUGGUAAAGUGUGUGGAGGACUUUGAUGAGGUGUUUCCAAAAUUUCGUAGAGCCAACUUGAUUUGAACCAGAAUACACAAAUGACUUGCAGCGGCUUGAAGAAGGGAGGGCGAACAAGGGAGAGAGAGACUGAAUCCGUCGGCGCUGAAGCAGAAAGAAAUUGACGGUGCCAAAAACAAACUACUUGCUACUCUGCUCACCAGUUUAUGGGCUAGGCCCGCAAAAUGCAGCUGUGAUCUAUCGCAGCUCCUCUGAUGAGUAACGUUACUCACAUAAGCACUGAGGUUUCCUGACACGAUGUGACGUAACGGCGCUAACCCCAAAAAGUACUGGGUACUAUUUUUUACUUUUGUAAGUGAAAAAUAGUACCCAAAAAGAUAUUUUUCCGAAUUUAGCACUAUUUUACCAUUAUCAGUGUGACAUAUAAAACCUUAUAAGACAUAAGUUCUGUGGUCAUUUUAGAUAGCAGAUAAAAUAGUGAUAUUUGUAGUGCAGACAAUGGCGAACAAUUUUGACUCAGUAGGUUUCUCUAGAAAGGCACAUUUCAAACCAAACCACUCUGAAUGACUUUGUUUAAACAUAAUCUAAACAGUUGAAAGAUUAAGUAAUUGUUCCCCUUUAAAUAGUUGUUCCAGUGCCAUGAAGGCAUUUUUGAUCUUGGAGAAAGAGAACUACUUUGGGAAAUGUGCUGACCUGAUACUAACUCUUUGUUCAAGCUUAUAAUAGCAGGUUGAUUGUAACAAGUGUCAUACUGAAAAAUAGUGCCAAAACAACAAUAAUUUGGAUUGCGUUCUGUGUUUUGUUCUUCUGUUUUGUCUGGUUUUAAUUUUGGAAGGCAAUACUUAGGCAAACAUGAUGUGGUGCCUCAAUGUGUGAGGUGUGUGAGUGGAUUAAAUGCUGAGGUUACUGUAAGGACUUGCUGCAUGUUUGAGUAUGUGAGGUGUGUGACAUUGUUGUACGGGAUUGUUGUGGCCGCUUUUUAGGGUGGAAUAUAUGAACAUAGUGAGUGGUGUGUGGUGUUUUCUGUAGUACAAUACUUAUAUAUAUGUUACAAUAUAUAUAUGUUUUUUCCCUUUCUUUUUCACAAAAUACCUAACAAGCCUGUGAGGUGUAGUGUGGAAAUUAUUUAUCACACUAUCAUACUUUUUGAGAAACCUGGAGAAGCACAUAAGAAAACUGAUAAAUCCUCAUUUUUGUUCUUACACUUGGGCUGUACGCCAUUUUAGUGUACUAUCAAACAUUGACCUGAAUCUUAAGUAAUUAAAUAGCAAAUUAAAUUUAUUACACUGUACUGAUAUGAUGAUAAAUCAGAUCAAGAUUAAUGUACAAUUACUGCAAUAAGAUCAAAUUUUUCUGACAUCCCUUACAAAAAAAUUCCACUUAGAAUGCUUAAGUUUACAUAUUCUUGAAAUGCACCUGCAAAAUGAACAAUUUGUUGGUUAUGGUCAGGGAUUGCUGGUAUGCCAUGUCUAUAGAAGCUCAAGGAAGUGAUCAGAGAAUGUGAACGUAAAGCUUAUUAGAUUUGUUGAUACUGCUUUGUGUUUUACAGUUUGAACUGCCAUUUAACGUUUACUUUCAUGUUAAAGAGUGUAAUCUCAAACUAUAUACUGAAACUUGUAGCUCUUGUUUCCAUUGUUUUAUACUUGCAAAGAAAUGUUUUCUUGCUUUGUGUUCAUGUUGUUUCUUCUUUACUUUGCAGAUACAUGUUCAUCUUUACUGGGUUGAUGCAUAGUCUUAGUUUCUCUUAACCAGGAAAAUGAAUACUAGAAUUAGAAAUCAAUAUUGAUUUUACUCUGGACUAACAAUUAUAAUAUGUAGCUGUAUAUUAUUUAAUCUCAUAUGUACUCAGUUUGUUUUAUUAUUUGAUUAUUGUGACUUUAUCACUGCCAAUGGUCUGCAGAAAACCUACAGUUUGUGGAGGGAAUCUGCAGUAUCUUCAAUAACCACAAGAGGGCAAAAUGGAUGUUUUUGGAAGGUUUGCUGGCAUCUGGGGAAAUGCUAUUUCACAGGAGGAUGCUGUCUGGGAGUAAUUCUAGACCUGAAAUAAAAGCUGUUUUUGUUUUUAUUAAAAGUUCUGAUUCUGACAGUGA